AUGAAUUUAUAUAUACUUCUUUUUCUUUGUUACUUUUAAUGUUUCCAAAUUAUUUUGAAUUCAACAAGAUAAGCAAUUAGAGAGUUAUGUGUAAAUCAUGAAAGCAAAAAAGAUUUGAUAAUUAUUGUUGAGGAUGUUGAAUAAGAAGAAUUGUAUAUUUAAUGGGAAUUAUUACAUAUCAGCUCUGAUCCUUCUAUGACUGUCAAUGGAUGUUUAACUUAACAGUAUUAAAAACGUGCAUAUACAGACUGGGCUGUUAGAUUAGGCAAUUAAAUUUUGAUGUCAGAAAGAUAAGAGUUUAAUUUUACACUUUAUGAAUCUAGUAGAUUCUAUAAUUUAAUUGAUAUGCCAUUUUUUAAUACUAAUAAUACAUUAAUAAUGAAUGGAACUAUUUUUCUAAUUAAUUCGACUCAAUUAAAGGUAAAUUCUGAUUAUUUCAUUCGAGUAACAGGUAUAACAACUAAAACUAAAAUCUAAAUAUUUUCAUAAUUGUUGUAAAUUCGCAUAAUGAUAUAAAAAGGAGAUCUAAUAGCAAAAUAAAUUAUAUCUAUCCAAAAAUUAGUAAAUCCAGAAUAGAGUGAAAUUAUUUUAUCAAGUUCGAUAAUCUAUGAUUGGAAAAUAUUCAUAAAAGAUCCCACACGAUUUGGCCCAAUUUUAUCUACUAUUUCAUAAUAAAAAACUUCAUUUAUUAAUAUUUCAUUAACUCCAACUUGGACUGAUAAAUUAUUUAUAAUAACAAUUAUUGCUAUUGAUACAGAUGGUAUACAGUACUAUUAGACUGAUUGGUUUCAUUAAAUAGGAUAAUAAUGGAGCUCUCAAUCAAAGAUAGAUUGCAAUAUUUCAGUUCUUUCAGAUAAUAAUUAAUCUCAAUGGAGUUAGAGAUAUUCUUGCUUAGAAUGGCAAAGUGGAGAACUUAAAGUUAUUCUACCUUAAUAUGAUUAUCUUUCUCUUCCCUAAAACUCAGAUUGCAAUAAUAAUGGACAAUUGCAAUCCUCAUAUUAACCAUUACAAUAUUGUCUAUGUAAAGAUAAUUAUACUGGAAUAUCAUGUUAAGAUUUUAUAGAUGAAAUUAAUUAUAAUUAAACUUAAUAUUAUUUUCGAACAUUGAUUAAUGAUUUUAUAUUUCAAACUUUAGAUAAGUAUUAUUUUCAUAUUUAAUUAUAGCUCCACUUAUUAAAGAAUACUUUAUUUAUUAGUUAAAGAAACAUAAGGAAAUGAUUAAUCUCUAUUUGAUUUUUUAAAGUAUAAGUCUUUCUAUUUUGGCCAAUAAUUGCUUCUUAUUUAUGAUACUCUAGCCAUAAAAUCCAUUAUCAAUAAUAAUACUAAUCUUACUUAAGACAUUUUUAAAGCUGUUUCAAAUAUUAAAAAUCUAUUUGAAAUGACUGGAAUCAUGUAAUAUACUAAUUUUAUCAUCUAUGUAUCAACCAUUAAUUAAUUAACGUAAAUUGAUAAGAAUACAUUCUUAUUAGAAUAUAAAUAAAAUUCUACUGUUGAAUAUUCAUCUAAAUGUAUAUUUUUGAGCUCCAGCUUUAUCUUUGCCUAAAUGACUCUUUAUUCAUCUCAAUUCACCAAUUUCAUUGGAUCUAAUAUCUAUUCCUAAUUCAUGAAUUGUUAAGCUUUUUCAAUCAAUGCCAAUCUACUUUUAAAUAUUAAUACUAACAUUUCAAUAAUAACUAAUUAUCAAAUAACUUCAAUUUAAAGACCAUCAUAAUUAAGAUGUAAAUCUAAUUCAACAAUAAAUUAAUGCAGAAUACAUAAAUUAUUUGAUAAUUAUGCCGAAGCAAGUUUUGAUUAAUAUUUUGGACCUUAUGUUAUUGAAAGAUCCCCUAUUUAAAAAACAUUUGAUUAUCAAACUAUAGUAGAAUAAAUUUCAAAUCCAUCCUAUUAAAACAUUUUAAGUUUCUUACUUUGUUACAUUUUAUUACUAAAUUGA